GUGACCGGCGAGCGGGCAGGCCGAGCACGUGCUCUCCACACGCUGCAGCGGAGGAGGAGGAGGCGCCAACAGCACCACCACAGCACGCUUUUAGGCGGAGAUGCCGGAGGAGGCGGCGUCGUGCGAGCUGUGCGGCGCGCCGGCGUCGCAGCGGUGCUCCAUGUGCCGGCAGGCGGCCUACUGCAGCAGGCAGCACCAGAAGCAGCACUGGCCCACGCACAAGGCCGGCUGCCGCUGCUACGAGGUGCGCACGAGCGCGGAACUGGGCCGGCACCUGGUGGCGACGCGCGACGUGGAGGCUGGCGCGGCGGUGCUGGGCGACGCGCCGCUGGUGGUGGGCCCGCGCGUGCACCGCGCCGCCGACGAGGCGCCGGCCUGCCUGGGCUGCCUGCUGCCGCUGCCGCUGCCGCCCGAGGCCGCCGCGCUCGCGCGCUGCCCGCGCUGCCUGUGGCCGCUGUGCGCGCCGUGCGCUGCCGCGGGCGCGCCCGACCACGCGGCAGAGUGCCGGCUGCUGCGGCUGUCCGCGGGUCGCGCCGGUUGGCUGCUCGCCGCCAUCACGCCGCUGCGCUGCCUGCUGCUACAGAAGAGGCACCCGCGCCGCUGGCAGCUGCUCGCGGACAUGCAAGCGCACGAGGACCAGCGCGGGCCCGGCACCGACGCAUACACGGAGUCUGGCGAGGUGUCUGAGUUCCUGCGGAAGAAGGUGCUGUGCGGCGAGGCGGGUGAGGCCGUGGAGGACGCGAGCGACGCGGCGAUCCGGCGCGUGUGCGGCGUGCUGGACGUGAACGCGCUCGACAUCACGCUGCCCGGCGGCGGCGAGGCCAGCGCGCUCUACCCCACCGCCUACCUGCUCGAGCACAGCUGCGUGCCCAACACCAGGCACACCUUCGACUUCCAGCGCGGCUGCCGGCUCACCGUUCGCGCCGCCAAGCUCAUAUCCAGGGGUGAGCACAUCUCGACGAUGUACACGCACGCGCUGUGGGGCACGCAGGCUCGGCGCGAGCACCUGCGCGCCACCAAGUACUUCGAGUGCCGCUGCCCGCGCUGCGCCGACCCCACCGAGCUGGGUACACACCUCAGCGCCAUGCGCUGCCUCGGCACGCUCACCGAGAGUGACGCCCCGGCGUGCGGGGGCAUCCAGCUGCCGACGUCGCCGCUGGACCCCGCCUCGGACUGGCGCUGCGACCGCUGCCCCGUCUCGCUGCCAGCCGCGCACGUCGCAGAGCUCGUGUCGCGCCUGGGAGACGAGGUCGACAAGACGCAGCAGGAGCGGCCGACGGUGGAGAGCCUGGAGACGCUGCUGGAGAAGCUGGACACGUUCCUGCACCCGCACCACUACCACAGCUACUCCGUCAAGCACUCGCUGCUCCAGCUGUACGGCCAGCAGCGCGGCUACGCCAUGGACCAGCUGUCCGACCAGCAACUGGCCAGGAAGGAAGCGCUGUGCCGCGAGCUGCUGCUGACGACGAACUGCCUGGACCCGGGGUACGCGCGGCUGGCGCUGUACACGGGCGUGCUGCUGCACGAGCUGUCCCGCAGCCUGCUGGAGUCUGCCCGCCGCUCCGCCGGGGACCGCUCGGCGCUGGAGCAACUACUGGAGGCGCGAGCGCUGCUGGCCACGGCGCAGCGGGCGCUCCAGCCCGAGCCGCCUGGCAGCGCCGGAGAGCGUAUGCUGCAGCUGGUGCGCGGCGCACAGCACGAGGUCGAGGCCCGCUUCAAGGAGGCCUAACCACCACCCACCGCAGACACACUCUCUCUCUGCAUUCGCCGCGGCCGCUGCGAGCCUCGCGCGGGAACACGUUCUGUGUAGCCAGUUCUCGUAUAUCACAAAUGUCAGGUUGAGCACUUUGUGCACAGGUCGUGGUCCACGAAACUCUUUUGUUCCUAAAGUUUCGUCCAGGACUGCGCUGGAUAUCUUCAGACUCCAUUGAGUCUUUCCGACUCGGACGUCCGAGAGGGACGUAGGCGCUGUAGAAAAGAACAUGUAACCAGAGUUACACUUCAUAGAGAUUAUCCUUGUCGAAAAUAAAACGUAACUAUCGGUUGUAGUCUUGUCAAAGAGAAAAAAACUGUUUAGCGGAUUCUGCAAAGCUUCUUUCCAUAUGUCGCUAAGUUUCAAGCUGUCUUCUUUCCUAUUAAAGUCAUUCCUAUGUUUAUAUUUUUCCGUGGCUCCUCUACAUAAUAGUUCGUCACUGUACAUAAAAUUUUUGUUCCAGGAAACUUCACUUCUUGACUUCCUGACUGAAGAGCAUGUUCUGCUACAGCUGAUUUCUCUAUUUUCCCUAGUCGGCAAAGACUUUUAUGUUCCUUUACCCGUUUUUCGAAAAGUGACGCACUCAGGUGGAUAUUUGCAUGAGAUCUCCAGUCACCAUCGACAAAAAAAAACAGGGGUGUCAUUAAAAGUCUUGUCGAUAGAGCCAAAAGGAUUUGCUCACUGGAAUACCUGGACUCUUAAAACAUGUGAAGCAGAAUUUCGAGAAAAUGGCUACUUUUGGGAAAAAGUACAAAGAAUUCUACGACCAAAUAAUGGAAGGCCGAAGGAGAAGCAUGAAAGCCGGCCGGUGUGGCCGUGCGGUUAAAGGCGCUUCAGUCUGGAACCGUGUGACCGCUACGGUCGCAGGUUCGAAUCCUGCCUCGGGCAUGGAUGUGUGUGAUGUCCUUAGGUUAGUUAGGUUUAAUUAGUUCUAAGUUCUAGGCGACUGAUGACCUCAGAAGUUAAGUCGCAUAGUGCUCAGAGCCAUUUGAGAAGCAUGAAAAACAACGAGAUGGAAGAAUACACUUUCCCUCACUUUUGUUAAAAAAAGUAACAGAUCAAAUCGGAAAGAUUUUACAGAAAUAUGACAUUAGACCGGCUUUAGAUCAGCAAACAAAAUAGGUCAAGCACUUCGAUAUGUAAAGGAUAAACACAGUCCUCUGUCAGCAGGUGGGAUAUAUUUGAAAUUACGUGCACGUGUGGUGAAGUUUAUAUUGGAAUAAUGAAGAGUAGCGUGAAUACACGGGUAAAGGAACAAAGAAGUCUUUGCGACUAAGGAAAAUAGACAAAUUGGCUGUAGUAGAGAAUGCUCCUCACUCAGGAAGUCACAAAGUAAAGUUUUCUGAAACAAAAAUUUUAUCUACGAGGACCAGCUGUUAUCCGCUGCUACGUGGAGAAGUUCAAAUGUUCAAAUGUGUGUGAAGUCCUAAAGGACCAAACUGCGGAGGUCAUCGGUCCCUAGACUUACACACUAUUUAAACUAACUUCAGCUAACUUAUGCUAAGAACAACACACACACCCAUGGGGAGGGGAGGACUCGAAUCUCCGGCAGGAGGGGCCUCGCAAUCCGUGAAAUGGCACCUCAAACCACGUAGCCGCUAAGCGUGGCGUAGAGAAGUCAUCCAAAAAUGUAAACAUAGGGAUAAUUUUAAUAGAAACGAAGAGACCAUGAGACUUAGCGAUAAAUGGACAGCAGCUCCGUAGAAUCACUAAACAGUUUUUUUUUUUUUUUUUUUUUUUUUGUCUUCAACUAGACGACAAUCGAUAGUUGAGUUUUUACCUUUCACGAGGAUAAUCUCUAUUUAUCACGUGUAACCUCGGCCACACCCCCUCAUAUAUAUAUAUACUUACUGCAACCUACAUCCUUAUGAAUCUGCUUAGUGUAUUCAUCUCUUGGUCUCCCUCUACGAUUUUUACCCUCCACGCUGCCCUCCAAUGCUAAAUUUGUGAUCCCAUGAUGCCUCAGAACAUGUCCUACCAACCGGUCUCUUCUUCUUAUCAAGUUGUGCCACAAACUCCUCUUCUCCCCAAUUCUAUUCAAUACCUCCUCAUUAGUUAUGUGAUCUACCCAUCUAAUCUUCAGCAUUCUUCUGUAGCACCACAUUUCAAAAGCUUCUAUUCUCUUCUUGUCCAAACUAUUUAUCGUCCAUGUUUCACUUCCAUACAUGGCUACAGUCCAUACAAAUACUUUCAGAAACGACUUCCUGACACUUAAAUCUAUACUCGAUGUUAACAAAUUUCUCUUCUCCAAAAACGCUUUCCUUGCCAUCGCCAGUCUACAUUUUAUAUCCUCUCUACUUCGACCAUCAUCAGCUAUUUUGCUCCCCAAAUAGCAAAACUCCUUUACUACUUUAAGUGUCUCAUUUCCUAAUCUAAUUCCCUCAGCAUCACCCGACUUAAUUCGACUACAGUCCAUUAUCCUCGUUAGACGUCCUACCAGUCAGUCGGCAAGACUAAAUGGAGAGCAACACCUCUGAAAUCCAGCGCAGUUCUGGACGGAAUGUUAGGAACAGAAGAGUUUUGUGGACCAAGACCUUAUACGUCGAAAGGUCUUACCAGCAGCAGUGUCAUCCAAUCGUCAAAGCCUUCAUUUUAAAAGUGAGUGCAAAGCCCGCUCAGUCAACUGACAUACCUGUCACCCACAGGAGAAAACGCUCUAAUACCAUGUAAGACCUACUGUAAGCUUGACAAUGGCCUCAUUUCGGCGAUGAAGGAAGUCCAUAACUUUCUUCAGGUUAGCCAUACCCUGUUGAAACCGUCGACAUUUCGAUCUUAUGGAGCUACCAAAUUUCAGGGAUGAUGAUUGCUACGCUUCAUCCGAUUUUCCAAGUGGUCCCAGCCAUUUUCUAUCGGAUUAUCAUCAGGUGUCUCAGCGUCGCAGUCGCCGUACCAUAAGAUACCGGAGUGUUUGUCGAAUCAGGAAGGGAAUAUCGGCAGCCCUCUGAACACUUUUCACGAUGAAUCAAUCCGCUCCAUUUGUGCUUGAUAAAUUCUUUAUCCCGAUAAAAUCGUACACAUGAACUGGGUUUCAGAAUGUAAAUCGCAUCUUCAGGUGCUAAAAGAAAAAAAAGGGGGAAACCAAGAGCGAUUCUUCAUAGAAUUAAUUAACACUAUAAGGGUCCAAACAAAUGUGAACAUCAGGAUUGUAACAAUUAAGCACAUGUUGUCAGACUAACGUAAUCUAUGAACCAACUGUGAACCACUAGACAUGUGGCAUCAGUUUAAGAAAUCAAAAUUAAUGCAUAAAAGCGGCAGACUGCCAAUUUGUGAACCUCAGAAGUAGCUAGCCAUGCAAGUGCCCAGCCGCCGUAUAUCGUGGAGGCCCAGCGAGACCGGUCAGCACGAUGCCGCUCGGGCCGCUGACACGCUUGAGUACACACAUUCGUCAGGGAGUGGUUGCCACCGGAACUAAUGCCGAGGGCGGGAGGGGCCACCGAAGAAAUCAUAGCUAACAACAAGGCCACACACUCAGGUUUCCUCCCAAACGCUACCCGCUACUAAUAGCACUCGAACUACCUUAUUUAUGCGUUGCAUUAGCUAAGACAGGCCUAGUACAGAGCAACCAAUAAAAGCAAGACAUGUAAUGUAUAAUGCAAUUGUCAAGAAAGAAAUCAAUAAAAGUGUAUAAUGAAAUUGUCAAGAAAUAUAAUAAAACUGUAGAAAAAAAUUAAUAAAACCAUUGAAUAAAAUAUAAACGAUGCCAAACCUGCAUACCACAAUUUAUGGCUUUGAAUACUGUUGUUGAUAUUUCGGAAGACGGGAAUGUCCACGAUGUAAUCAUCGUAAAGGUGUAGAAGAAAUCGCAAGACUCGUUCGUCGAGAAUGUUGAAGUAAACAUCCUAGUUAAGUGUGUAUGUGAAAUCUUAUGGGAGUUAACUGCUACGGUCAUCAGUCCCUAAGCUUACACACUACUUAACCUAAAUUAUCCUAAGGACAAACACACACACCCAGGCCCGAGGGAGGACUCGAACCUCCGCCGGGACCACCUAGUUAAGUGUUCACGGCAAUCUGAAUGAGUGACCCAAGUCACGGUACGAAGGACACACCCAAAAUACAACAGUCAAUCUGAACUACAUACUCCACACGCUAUGGGCUAAACAUCUUAUUAGGUCGUCGGUACACUCGACACCUUGCGUUAUUUCAGAGGAGGCAAACUCGUGACUUUUCGGAUCGCACUACACUGCUCCGCUCAACUCCUGUCCAGUUUUUGUGCUGUUUGGCCCACGAAAGACAUGCAACUUUGUGGCACUGCGA